GCGCCAUCUUGCCCCGCCACUCCGCGGGGCAGUUCGGGCAGACAGCAGUGGUGGUAAGCCGAGACAUGGCCCUGUUCCCGGCUUUUGCCGGUGCCACCGAGCCCGGGGAGCCCCCAGCCGACAGCAGCGAGAGCUCCAAGAAAGAAUUGGACUGGCUUAGUAACCCAAGCUUCUCUACAGAGGAUGCACUAUUACUGCAUCAGCGCACUACAGAAGUUGCAAAUCUCAUCCCUGAAAAAUCACCACUAAUAAGGACUACUUCAAGAUCAGAGUUGUCAGAGGAAAGUGAUACAGAUGAGAGUCUGAAACAGUCAAGUAAGAAAAGGAAAAAGAAAAAGAAAAAGCAUCACCACUAUAAGAAGACAAAAAAGAAAACCAAAGGAGACUCCAGUAGCAGCGAAUCAGACCUGGACACUAAGCACAUCAAGGACAAAGCCACAAGAAGUAGCAGAAAUCAUGAAAAGGAAGCAGCAGCAAAUCUAGAUAAGAAAACAUCAAAUCCUACCAGCAAUUGCUUUAUUUGGCUUGAUGAUAUCCAGGCUUUCACAGCAGAAACCUUCAGAAUAGACAAGAAAGCAGACCCUGCAAACUGGGCCUACAAAUCCCUGUAUCGAGGGGACAUAGCAAGAUAUAAAAGGAGAGGAGAGUCCUGUCUUGGCAUAGAUGCAAAGAAACAGUGUAUAACUUGGGACAGUUCUGCAUCAAAAAGGAAGCAAUUACAGAGGCGACCUGAGCGCUACUUCACAAAGAACAAUGUGAAGAUGCUGAACACAGAUGGGAUUCCUGUUUGCAAUAGAAGUUCUCCAUCUGACCCAACUACUUUUAUACCAGUUUUCCAAAUGGAAACUGAUGAUCUUUCCGACACAGUGGAGGUAAAUCCUCUUGGGAUUUAUGAUCCAUCAACUACAGUGUGGCUACAAGGAAAAGGGUGUAAGAGUACAGACCAUGAGCCUGUAAAUAUGCAGCAAACAAUUCAAGAGCCUGGGAUAAAGAUUAAUUCCAUUCUAAUGACAAAAGUGGAAGAACAUAACAAGAAAGUCAGAGAAAACCCAAGAGAUAUUAAUGCUUGGAUGGAAUUUGUUUCUUUUCAGGAUGAAUUAAUGAGAGGACCUAGCCCUUAUGCCAGUAAGGGAGAGCAGGAAGUAAGAAGAAAAUCACUGAAGUUAAUCUUAGAAAAGAAACUGGCUAUUUUAGAGAGGGCGAUUGAAAGCAAUCCAAGUAAUGUUGAUCUGAAACUCGCCAGGCUGAAGCUUUGCACAGAAUUCUGGGAACCACCAGCUUUGAUCAAAGAAUGGCAGAAGCUAAUUUUCAUACAUCCCAAUAAUCCAGAGCUGUGGAAGAAAUAUCUCCUGUUCUGUCAAAGUCAGUUCACUACUUUUUCUGUUUCAAAAAUCAAUGGUCUCUAUGGAAAAUGUUUGACUACAUUGGCAGCUGUACAGGAUGGCAGCAUGGUAUCACAUCCUCUACUGCCUGGUACAGAAGAAGCUAUGCUAGCUAUAUUUAUUCAGCAGUGCCACUUUCUGAGACAGGCUGGCCAUUCUGAGAAAGCAGUGUCUUUGUUUCAGGCUCUGAUUGACUUCACCUUCUUUAAACCUGACAGUGUAAAAGAUCUGCCAACAAGGGGACAGGUGGAAUUCUUUGAACCCUUUUGGGAUAGUGGAGAACCACGAAUUGGAGAAAGAGGAGCAAGAGGCUGGAAAGCAUGGAUGCACCAACAAGAAAAGGGUGGCUGGAUUGCUCUUAAGCCUGAUGAUGAUGAUGAUGAUGAUGAUGAAGAGAUAGAUGAGGAUCAAGAAAUAAAGGACAAAACUCUUCCCAAGUGGCAUAUUUGGUUGGAUAUUGAAUAUUCUCGUGAAGCAAGGCAUUGGUUACCAUGGAGGCCAGAAAAAAACAAAAAGGAAACUGAAGAAGAUUGUGAAGAUCCAGAAAGACAGGUAUUAUUUGAUGAUCUUGGACCAUCUUUAAUCCAGCUUUCUAAUCCAGAUCUUCAACGUCAACUACUAUACUCAUUUUUGCAAUUCCUGGGAGUUCCAUGUACAAGUAAACUCUUUCCUUCCAACCUCUAUAUUGCCAUGGAUGAAAAUAACAUCUUUGACAGUGUGCUUUCUGAUGAAAAGCCACUGACUUCUGUUGAUUUUCCACUUUCUGGAUUCAACGGUAUUGGUCAUAUGGACACGAUGCUUCGAGGGAGACAUCACAUAGGCCACUAUAAAGAAGGAGAGGAGUUCAUACAGAACGUUUUUCAUGUUCUAUUCUUGCUAUUUUCAGGAAAGGAAAAAUCUAACCUGUCCAUUUGUUGGUUACAGUAUGAAAUAUCGAAGGUAGUUCAGUGUCUACAAGCAAAAAACAAGAAGAAGCUGAAAGCACAAGGGAGGAAGAGUAAAAAGUUGGCCAAGAAUCUCCUUAAAGCACCUGACAACCGAAACCACCUUUCUCUCUGGAAACUGUAUGCCUACCUAGAAUGGCUGCUUGGCAACAUUGAUGAUGCCAGGAAGGUAUUUGACACAGCUCUUUGCGCGACAGGGACAGGAGGACUGAAGAGUCCCCAGCUCUGCAGCCUCAGUCUGCUUUAUGCUCAGCUGGAAGUGGAACUACUAGAAAGUAUAGAAGGAGCUGUUAUGUCACGUGCUGUUCAUAUAUUGACCAAAUUGGCUGAAAGUGGACCAUACAUGCCCUACAGUGGACAAGUGUUAUCUGUGAACAUCUUGAAAGCUCGUAAAACAUAUGAGCAUGCACUGCAAGAUUAUUUAAGUAAAACACCAGUUGCUGAUCAAGAUCAGGUCAGUGAUGCUAAUCAGCUGGUUAACUUGGUUGGUUGUUACGCACUGUUCCAGUAUUUGACUGUUGGGAUUGAUGCUGCAGUGUUAAUAUAUGCACAGACUUCAGAAAAACUUGAAGCUCCUGGUCCACAGACAUGUGAAAAUACUGGAGAGAAUUUUGGCAUUCAAAAUUUUCCCACUGCUCUUGAAGCUAUCACACUGCUGCAUACAAAUUUACUCAGAUUCCACAUGAAAAUGAGUGUUUAUCCUUUGAAUCCUCUGCGAGAGGCACUAACAGAGGCUCUGAAACGGUAUCCUAGCAACCAGUCUCUUUGGAGGUCAUAUAUCCACAUCCAAAGGAAGUCUCACAGUGCUAGCAAAGCACGAAGAUUUUUUGAUGGUGUCACAAGGUCUACUAACUCUUUAGAGCCAUGGCUGUUUGCAAUCCAAGCAGAGCAGAUGAGAAAAAAACUCACUGAGAAUGUCCAGAGGGCAGAUGUUGGUGAAAUACAUUCUACUAUUCCUGAAACUGGGUUAACAAAUCGGAUUGUAGCUCUAUUUGAACACGCAGUUCAGAGUGAAAAUGGUACCCAUUGUCCACUGCUGUGGAGAAUGUAUUUGAACUUUCUGGCUUCACUAGGAAAAAAAGAAAAAAGUAAAGGAUUGUUUUAUAAAGCCCUUCAAAACUGUCCUUGGGCAAAGGUACUCUAUAUGGAUGCAGUAGAGUACUUCCCUGAUCAUCUGCAAGAGACGCUUGAUCUAAUGACUGAAAAAGAAUUGAGAGUGCGGGUGCCUAUGGAAGAGCUGGAUCUACUAUUGGAGGUUUAAAAGAAGACUGUAGAUGAGCGGAGAAAGUACAGAAGCUAAUUCCAAAACUAACAGUUAGACCUGUCUCUCUUCAAACAGGAACUCUGUUGGGACUUGGGUACUAUGUACUUUUUUCUUGAAGGGUUUUUGUUUGUUUGUUUGUUUUAAGCUUUUCUAUAAAUUGCUAUCAAAAUGGAGUUCUACUAGCCGCAAGUAUUCUGGAAUCAAGUACUGCAUUUUGCCCACAAAAAUGCAUCCUUUUCUCUGAAGUAUUGCUGGCUCCCACAGGAGGCUACCCUCUUAUAAAUAGCCUCCUGUUGAAUGUUGCCCACAUUUCUUAUUCUAUUGUUUGAAAUUACAUUCCCUGGAGUUCAGUGGAGAUGCAGCACAUGCCAACUAUGGUUUGGUGAGCAGCACAGGAAAUAAACAUCUGCCAAAUGGAUGCUCCACUGUCCUCCAGUUGGCGGACUUCAGUAAUUUCCUUCAGCUUGGUAUGCAUGCGUGUGUAUAUAUAACUACUGAGUCAGACAGCCAUUACAUCUGUACAUACACUGUUAGUAAAAGCUAAAUCUUUGCUUGAGCAGGCACCUAUUUUGGACUUGUAUUUGUAUGUUUUGACAGAUGACCAUUUUAAUACGAAUAUUUAUGAAAAAUAUACCUGAAUAUUUGAAAAUUCAAAAGGAACUUGAAUUAUUUUUUUAAUUUCUUAAUUUAAUAGAACUGUGAGUGUAUUAAAAAUGAAAAUGUAUCCAUAAUGCAUCUCUAAGCAGCUCACUUUUAAACAAGUUUUUGUAAUUGAUAUACUUGCUUUUAACCCAAAUACAGGCGAUCAUCACGAGAGAAGUAGAGG